AUGAGUGAUCGGGAUCCUUCGCGGCCGCCUAAUACCGAACUACCCCCUUCCAAUGUAGCAGAAAAUGAGUAUGCACCGUUCAACUACGACUGGUCUGUUCCGGGACCAUUUCCUAGUGGGCUUCCUUUCUCUACUGGGCUUGUCCAAGGCUCUGAAGAUCUCCCUGGGCCUAGCGCGGGAGAACGCUCUACAAAUGCGAAAGUCGCAAUUCCCCGCUCCGCGCAAAGUGUAUCAUGGACUAGCACAGGUCGGACCAGCAGAGCCUGCGAGAAUUGUCGCGAACAAAAGGCUAAAUGCAGUGGUCAUCAUCCCACUUGCAACAGGUGCAAGGAUGCCGGUAUCCGUUGCUCAUAUGGUGAUCGAAAACGGGAGAAAAUGAUCAAGCAGGUGAACAAUUUGAAAGCUCAGGUCCAAAGCUAUGAGGCUAUUCUACGUGAACUCUAUCCAAGGCUUGACUCUCCCUCGGCACAGUAUGUUGAUCAGGCUCUUAGUGGUCAAUUAGUCAGACCAUUAGGCUCCCCAGCGCUCCAAUCCGACCAACAAUCCGAACAACAAUAUUCCGACCAACAAUUCGAUGGAGCUGGUAUCUAUCAUCCCUUGGCGGCAAUCGACCACACCGAGGAAGAUUUUAACCGCGAUGAAAAGCAAGCGCUUGGGUUCGUUGGUGAACACUCGGAAAUGACCUGGCUGUACAGACUGAAGCGCGACCUGGGCAAAGAUAACCCGACACCUAUUGGCGAAACUCCCGAGCGACCUUCGAUAUCAUCCCUGAAUUACUUUCACGAGGAUAUACGAAUGUCCAAUCUCGAGGUCGUUGACGUUUUGGAAAGACCCUCCCAGUCCAGCGCCGACAAACUUGUCGACAUAUUUUUGGAAGUGAUACAUCCUGCAUUUCCUAUCAUUGGGAAAGAAAUAUUCCUGAGUCAGUAUCGAUCAUUCUACUCAAAUCCAACCCUUCGCCCAGGGAAACGAUGGAUGGCAAUCUUGAACUUGGUAUUUGCUCUCGCGGCCAAACACUCGCUUCUUGUCAACGAACAACCGGUGGAUGAUGAUCUUGGUAAUCCUUCCACAUAUUUUUCGCGAGCGUGGCGACUCUGCCUAGGCAACGUCGCGCUGUUGGAUCAUCCUAAUCUUCAACAAGUGCAAUUUGAGGGCCUGGCAUCGUUUUAUCUUCUGGCUACGGGUCAAGUCAAUAGGUCUUGGCGAAUGAUUGGAAUCGGGAUUCGGUCGGCCGUAGCCAUGGGUCUGAAUCUUCGCAGUGAGAGUGGUGAUAUUUCCCAUAUAUCGAGGGAAACCAGAUACCGUGUUUGGUGGGCAUUAUUCAUGUUGGAUACCCUACUAUGUGUGAUGAUUGGUCGUCCUCCUAGCACGGGUACUCAGUUCUGCACAACACCCCUACCUCUACCCUUCAUCGAGGAAGACUUCGGGGAUGAAGGUGUCAAACAAAUUAUAAUGGAUUACAACGCCCGACAGGAUUUACUUAAGUCGCUUCUGUCGCAGGUUGACUUUUGGUCUGAGCUCAGUGAUUAUAGUUCAGAUCCCUCACCGCCGUCAAGCUUUGGGCCUGGGAAAGGAAAGCAAAGCACACUGGCAUCUGCUCAGUCAAAAAUCGACAAUCUCGCCCCCAAUACAUCUCUCUAUUUCUUAUACGGAGUGGACUUGGCGUUUCUUAUGCGGAAAGCUAUUGAAACCCUAUACGCGCCUGGAGCAACGCGACGCUCAUGGCUGGAGAUGGAAAAUGCAAUGGCUACCUUCAAUAAUAGUGCUGACGUAUGGCUCUUUCGGCUGCCAUUAGAGUAUCGCUUCGCACAACUUGGUGCAGAUCCAUCGUUCGCGGCCCAGCGCACCGGCUUGGCUUUCCACUUUUAUACGACUAAACUCGUCAUCACACAACCCUGUCUGCGCCGCCUCGCUUAUCAACCCUCUGGUGAAACGACACCAGGGCCCCUCUGUCAUACAAUGGCAUCGAUAUGCGUACAGGUGGCCCGUGAUAUGUUUUCACUUCUUCCGGAUGAGACGGACAUUUGCUUGUUAUACCAGGUCUCGCCCUGGUGGGGCGUUCUGCAUCAUAUGAUGCAGUCAACCACUAUUAUAUUAGUUGAGCUUUUCACCCGUACGAGUCCGGGUACAAUGGAAGCUGCCGGGCUCAUCGGGGAUAUUAAAAAAGCAAUUCGUUGGCUACGCGAAAUGGCUACCAGAGAUACUUCCUCCCUGAGAGCCUGGUCUGUCUGUAUGGAACUUCUCUCGCAGCAUGGGCUCAAGUUUGCCUUGUAUGUCGAUUGA